AUGAGGUCCAACAUCAAGCUAACCAUCAGUUCCACCAUCGGACCCUCCAUUGGGACAACCAUGAGGUCCAACAUCAAGCUAACCAUCAGUUCCACCAUCGGGCCCUCCAUUGGGACAACCAUGAGGCCGACCAUCAGACCUGUGAUCUGGAACGGACAUCUGUGGACAGAGGACCAACCAGAGGACCAACCAGAGGACCAACCAGAGGACCAGUCAGUGGGUCAAUCAGAGGACCAACCAGAGGACCAGUCAGAGGACCAGUCAGUGGGUCAAUCAGAGGACCAACCAGAGGACCAACCAGAGGACCAGUCAUCAGAGGACCAACCAGAGGACCAGUCAGAGGACCAACCAGAGGACCAACCAGAGGACCAGUCAGUGGGUCAAUCAGAGGAUCAACCAGAGGACCAGUCAGAGGACCAACCAGAGGAUCAACCAGAGGACCAGUCAGUGGGUCAAUCAGAGGAUCAACCAGAGGAGCAGUCAGAGGACCAACCAGAGGACCAGUCAGAGGACCAACCAGAGGACCAGUCAGAGGAUCAACCAGAGGACCAGUCAGAGGACCAGUCAGAGGAUCAACCAGAGGACCAGUUAGAGGACCAACCAGAGGACCAGUCAGAGGAUCAACCAGAGGACCAAUCAGAGGAUCAACCAGAGGACCAGUCAGAGGACCAACCAGAGGACCAACCAGAGGACCAGUCAGAGGACCAACCAGAGGACCAACCAGAGGACCAGUCAGAGGAUCAACCAGAGGACCAGUCAGAGGAUCAAUCAGAGGACCAGUCAGAGGACCAACCAGAGGACCAGUCAGAGGAUCAACCAGAAGACCAGUCAGAGGACCAACCAGAGGACUGCCGUACCCACUGA